AUGACGGUGGAACAAAUUCCCGUUUGGCUGGACUGCGAUCCGGGGCAUGACGAUGUCUUUGCCAUCUUGCUGGCCGCCUACCACCCGAGAAUUAAGCUGCUCGGAGUCUCGACCGUCUUUGGCAACGCCCCGGUAGAGAAAACCACCCAAAACGCCGCCUCCGUGCUCACCGCCAUCGGCAAGCAGCACGACGUGCCCCUGCACGUCGGCCUCGCCAAGGCCCUCGAGCGGCCCGCCAUCCACGCGCCGGACAUCCACGGCGAGUCCGGCCUCGACGGCACCCUUCUCCUCCCCUCCCCCACCGUGCCGCCCUCCGCCGUGCCCGCCCUCGACGCCACCGCCGCCGCGCUGCGCGCCCAGCCGCCCAACACCGCCUGGCUCGUCGCCACCGGCUCGCUGACCAACGUCGGCGCCCUGCUCCGCGCCCACCCGGACCUCGCCGCACACCUCAAGGGCCUGAGCAUCAUGGGCGGCGCCCUGGGUGACGGCUUCUCCGGCGCGCCGCUGGGCAGGGUGGACGGCCGCGAGCGCGUCGGCAACGUCACGCCGUGGGCCGAGUUCAACAUCGUGAUCGACCCGGAGGCCGCGGCGGAGGUGUUCGGCAACAAGACGCUGGCGGGCAAGACGACGGUGGUGCCGCUGGACUUGAGCCACCAGGUGCUGGCGACGGCGGAGGUGCGCGAGAUGCUGCUGCACGGCAGGGGGGCUGGCAAGGUGGAGGAGGGCAAGUUGGAGGGCAAGACGACGCUGCGGACCAUGCUGGUCGAGCUGCUCUACUUCUUCUCCCAGACAUAUGCCGACGUCUUUGGCAUCACAGAGGGCCCCCCGCUGCACGACCCCCUCGCCGUCGCGGCCGUGCUCGCCGGGACGCCCGACGAGAUCCCCUUCCACGACUGGGACGCCGAGCGCAGCGAGGCCCCGCGGUACGACGAGCGCUUCGACGUUGCCGUCGUGACCGACGGCGUCUUCGAGGACGCCAGGGACGGCAAGGGCGAGACGGGCCGCACGGUCGGCAGGCUGCUGCCGCGCGGCCAGCCGGGCGUCCGCAUACCGCGCUCCCUCGACGUGGCCAAGUUCUGGGACGUCAUCGAGGACUGCGUCGAGCGCGCGGACGCUGCCAACGCAGCAGCUGGGAGGACGUGA